CGGACGCGGGAGGCGGGGCGACAGCGGGAGGGCGGCGUGGUGGGUUGGUUUCUGCCUCCGCAUCGCCGCUGCUUUCGGGCCGCGCAUCUCAGGGUUCUCUGAGUUCCUGCGCGGUCGCCCCUUCUGGACUGGUUCCGAGGACGGCGUCUCCCAGAGCGCAGAGACUAGGCCAAGUCGGCCUUCGCGCGCUCAGCGCCUCUCUCCUCAAGGCCCUGCGCCCCAACUUGGGUUCCAGGACGCCAGAGCUCACACCCACCCAGCCUAGGCCCCGAGCCGCAUUUUCCCUUCUUUUCCCGGCCGAUUUACGUUCUUCCCCACGGUUGUGUCCAGUGGCCUCAGGGCUCUGAAGAGUUUUGAUUGAUUUUCCAAUACUUAGAAAUGGGGCUCUGGAACCUGGGAGUCCUGGAGAGCCGCCCUUAGGGCUCCCAGUCGCGGCCUCUACGUUCUUUUUCUCCAAAGUUGAGGUCCCUUUCCUGUCCCCUCAAACUCACUACCGCCCCAGGUGCCAUGGCCCCCAGGCCAUGGGGCGAGUGGAGCACCGCCCUGUCCCACCUGGCGCUGGGAGCGGUGUCUCUGCAUGCUGCCGUGAGCACUGCCCAGGCAAGUCGAGGGGCCGCUGCUGGCUUCCUGCUCCAAGCGUUGGCCGCGGCCACCAUGCUGGUUCCAGGGCUGGGCACAGAUGAAGACCAUCUUGCUGGAGCCUGGGUGGCUACUGUCAUCGGCCUGCCCCUUCUGGCAUUCGAUUUCCACUGGGUGAAUGGGGACCGCUCCUCUGCCAACCUGCUCCUGGGAGGAGGCAUGGUGCUGGCAGUGGCUGGUGACCACCUUGGUGCCGAGGGCCGCUCUGUGGCUAGUCAGGCAGUGGUGCUGGUGGUCGCAGUGACCAUCCUCAUUGUGGCUGUUUUCACGACCAACACUUACGGAAUGUGGGGGGGUGUGAUGCUGGGUGCUGCAGGCCUCCUGAGCCGGCUGGAGGAAGACAGACUGCUGCUGCUGCCGAAGGAGGACAUCUGCUGCUGGGCCCUGGCCGCAGGCAGCUGGGCCUACCACCGGGCCCUACACACACAACGCCUGCAGUGGGAGUGACAUUGGAGAUAGCAAGACAGGGUUUCUGCUCUGGCUACCACGUUCGUCUCUAACGGGCCUGCUCCUGGGGCCUUCUUCCCUAGGGAUGGACUCUCCUUCCUUCUGAAGCCGGCUUGCUGCAGUGACUGGUCAGGGGGGCAGAGGCUGGGCACUGUCUCCUCCUCUGGCUGAGUGUGAGGACUUGCUUAGACCAGAAUGAGGGGAACAACAUCCCAGGCACGUUUGGGGGCCUGAUUCUGGGCAGGCCAUGGUUGUGGGUCUAGAGAGAUGCUCGGUCUCCAAUAAACCUUAGGGACUUAGUAGGAA